CGUCGUGUCACCAGUCGGCACAUUGCAAGGAUUUGCCUAGCAGGGUAAAUCUCGUAUCGUAGCAACCAUAGACGCGUAUCCUUCGCAUGGCUAAGCGUUGCGUAUCGUCACUCCCUGGAGCACGAAGCACAAUGGAAUCAGCGGCGGUCUCGGUCCUGAAACGAGCGGUGGAGAUGGACAAGAACGAGCAAUACACGAUGGCGUUGGUAUUGUACCAGGAAGGCGUGCAAAUACUUCUCGACGCGGUAAAAGAGACGAGGCAAACCUUCAAGACGGAAUACCUUACGACCAAGGCGAAGGAGUAUCUCGACAGAGCCGAGACGGUGAAAAAGUUAAUCAGCACGAGGAAAUCAGCUGGCAUAUAUACGGAACUGAUUAAAAUCGAGGAUGGAUCGACGGGGUAUGGCUACGCGAGUGUCUUCGGCAGAUUCUUGGAUGGUAGCGUCACUUCAAUUGACAUCGAAGAUCCAUAUAUACGAGCCUUCCACCAGUGUCAGAAUCUAGUUAGACUAUGUGAACUGGCAGUUCAAAAGUGCUGUACACUGUCUAAGAUAUCCCUGCUUACAACUUACAACUCGAAAGAGUCUAGCCAAAUCUCGAGAUUGGCUGAACUGAAAGAAAGUUUGGCGUCUCGUAAUAUUUCUUUUGACUUCUCCUUUUCCGAGACAUUGCAUGACAGACAGAUCACAUUGAGCAACGGAUGGGUGAUAAAAAUCGGACGUGGAUUGGACUAUUUUAAAACGCCGGAAGGCAAAUUCGUUCUUGGCUCGUGCGAUCUAGAGUUAAGACCGUGCCAGGAAACUACUGUACACAUUCUUCAUAAGAACAAUUUUAUUGUAGACGCAGGACCAUCAAAAUAGGAUAUUCAAUUGAUAAUAAGAUAAUGGUUAAUAAUUUUCAUAUAUUUUCUUCAUAAAUGUAUAUUAUGGCACAUUUUUAGUACGUGACAAAAGAAAACAUUUACAUUUUUACAGUACGC